GACAAAAGAAUUGCGUAAAUGAAAAUUUAUUAUAUGAAUUAUUUGCAAAUUUAGCGAUGUAUCGCGAAGCCACGAAUAUAUUUUAACGUUCCUACUAUAAUUGUGGCGGGUAUCAUUUCGUAGCCCAAAUUAUUUUUUAUUAUUUGAAAUUAAAAAGACAAAAAUAGGCCAAUGGCAAUGGCUGCAGCCUCAGCUGCAUCUGCUGCUCUCUUCCUCAGAACUUCUCUAUUCCACUCCUUCUCUUUCACCACCAGACCCCACUCUCUCUUCGUCAAAGCUUCAUCUAUGGAGGGAGGCGAGAUUAAGGAGGAAUCGAACGAGCGCGCUAUUGAGAGAAAGAAGAUAUUCGUUGCCGGCGCAACUGGAAGUACGGGGAAGAGGAUCGUGGAGCAGCUUCUGGCGAAGGGAUUUGCUGUUAAAGCUGGUGUAAGAGAUUUAGAGAAAGCGAAAUCGGCGUUCCCAGGGAACAAUCCGGAUCUCCAAAUUGUGAAAGCAGAUGUAACUGAGGGUUCAGACAAACUAGCUGAAGCUAUUAGUGAUGAUUCUGAUGCAGUGAUAUGUGCUACGGGUUUUCGACCAGGAUGGGAUCUGUUCGCUCCAUGGAAGGUUGACAAUUUUGGCACUGUGAACCUGGUUGAAGCUUGUCGGAAACAGAAUGUCAACAGAUUCAUACUCGUAAGUUCCAUCUUAGUCAACGGGGCUGCCAUGGGGCAACUGCUCAAUCCUGCUUACAUCUUCCUCAAUGUGUUCGGACUCACCUUAGUCGCAAAGCUUCAAGCAGAGCAGCAUAUUCGGAAAUCUGGUAUAGAUUACACGAUUAUAAGGCCCGGUGGAUUGAAGAACGACCCGCCUAAGGGAAAUAUAGUGAUGGAGCCAGAGGAUACACUUUAUGAAGGGUCGAUAUCGAGAGACCAGGUUGCAGAAGUUGCAGUAGAGGCAUUGCUAAAUUCUGAGUCUUCCUACAAAGUUGUGGAGAUUGUUGCAAGAACCGAAGCUCCUAACCUCUCUUUUAAGGAACUUUUUGGUUCUAUCAAACAAAAGUAAAGCUUUGUUGGUUGUAGUCUGUAUUUUGAUGAGAUUCUGAAUAAAGUGGAAAACUUGCAGA